AUGGGUCCACGACAGCGCAAAGCUGCAUCUCCCAUAUUCUCCUCUCCCCGUCGUCCUCCACCACCGCCGUCCCAGCGUCCGCAGCCAGCUCCUCCUGUAUUCCACCCGAGAUCGAUCUUGGAUCCAGCUUAUCAGACUCAAGAACUUCCUCUUGCUGGCCUUGAGUACAACGCAGCACAUCUCGAGCCACCACCGAAUGCAGCGUCCUCAAAUGCCACAGCCAAUUCGUACCUAGCUGUCCAGGCAGAAUUUAUCAGAAACGCCAGCAAUGACGCUAGGAGGAGUAGGGAAACGCGGAUGGCGAACACACAGAGCCAUGCCGGAUACAUGCCUGGAAGAGCUCAUACUGCAGCCUCGGCCCAGCCUGCGAGCACCGUCCCCGGAUAUCUCCAGGAAUAUCUUCGCGCACAGCAUCGUCGAUACCUCCAAGGCCCUACCGCCAACGUGGCCCCCACCUCUACAACGGCAGGCAACCGAUUCGGCCGCUCUACUCCCGUUGUCCAAGGCACUGACGUGCAUUCACACGGUGGACAAGAUGCUUAUCAUGCUACAUACCCCGACCAAGCCACUUAUCUUCGAAUAAACCGAGCCAACGAACCCGAUCUUUUCGACCUUUACUUGGGAAAUGCCCUUAUGAACGGGAACGUGCCUCCAGCAGAUUAUGCAGCAACUGGGAACGAUUUUACGGCUUACCAUCCAAGUUCGCGUCCGAACGACGGGCCCGGUGACGGUUCAAUGGCCUAUUCACAUCCCGCAGCCACUGCCGCGUCCCAACAUGGCCAACAAUACCCAGCAGCACCGAAUCAACCGAGUUAUGCUCAAGCUGUGCCUCCUCAGCCUCUGCAAUCUGGAAAUGCUGCCUCACAACCCCAGACGUCCUCUGGUCGAUUUGUACUUCCGAUGUGA